CUCCAUGGCAAAAUCCUCACACCGCCUUUGAAACCUCCGACCCCUCGUUGCCCUUCCACCAGUCGUCAUGGGUCGCAAGCCCAAUCAAUUGAUUCUCGAAUUCUUCGAGAGAGGACCGAAGCUCGAGGACGCAAGUAACCGUUACCAACACACUUGCAAAUCGUGCGGUGAGAAGUUCCCCAAAGGUCGCAUCGACAGCCUCACGAACCACCUUGUGAAAAAAUGUCCGGCUCUACCUCUUCGCGACCGCCAGCGCGCGCUGCUGCAAUUCCAUGACCUCCCCGCCGACCUGUCAGACAUGGCGCAAAUGGCCUCCAUGCAGGUACAAGCGCAGGCUCACGGGCAGGCGCAGAAUGGUCCCUCGCCCAACCUUCCUUUCAUGCCCUCGAAGCAGGGAAUGUCCGCCUUGGAGACCCUUGCUGAAGUGUCUCGACAACAUUUAGACCUCUCUGGAAAGCGUGUACCGGCGAAACAAGGGAGACGGCCACCGCCUCCACAGAGCAAUCAUUUAGGCCAGCACGGUGCUUUUAUGGACGAGUUCCUCAUGCACGACGACCGCCCAGAUGCGCAAGAACUGGGUAUUGCGUCCCAAGGUUCGGAAACCUCAGGAGCUCCUACGGUGCCGUCCAUGUACCAGUUCAGUGGACCGUUGCAGGACUCGCCCACGAAUUCCCCGCAUAUAGGUGACAUGCCUGUAGCUACGUCCGCGUCGUUGAACCAAAUGGUGCCAUCCCUUGUCAUGACGGCGUCCGCUGCCAACGAAUUAUCGAAUAUCAUGCCCAAUGGCCUCAUGGAAUCGGAUCUGAACCUUACGGGCGUCUCCGCAUCCGACAAAUUCCUUCAGAACCACGAACGCCAACAGUGGUCCCACCUGCCUCAAUCCUCGAUUGAUCCUCUCCUUGGUGAUCAGAACAGGAAUCAAAUGUUGCCCAAGGAUGACAGCAUGCACAAGGCCAUAUCCCCACCGCGUCCUAUCGCCAUGAACCCUCAUGGUAAUCAAGCCCACUUCACCACCGAUUUUAGCGUCAAUCAGAAACCUUCGAAGCCAAGGGUACGAGGCAGAUUCCCCGAGAAUAGGCGUAAGGAGGUGCAAGAGAUACGGAAACGAGGUGCAUGUAUUCGCUGCCGGAUGUUGAAGAAACCAUGUUCGGGGGACAGUCCUUGCAAUACCUGCAAGAACGUGGAGAGUGCGCGGUUGUGGAAACAACCAUGCAUUCGCACCCGGAUUGCCGAAGAGUUCAAUCUGUACUCUGCUGGGCUGCAUGGCAUGCUCGCCUUCCAGGCGGUUGGGCACAUGAAGAGUCAAAUUCGGUUUGAUCAGGUCCCUGGCCGGAUAGAAGCUACCCAUCAUCUUGACUCCGGUAUAUUUGCCACUUUUGCACCCUUGCGGUCCCAGUAUCAACCUCUUGCAGGUUCAGAGAUAGAUCCCUCUAUUCUUGCCACGCUGCCCUGCAGCAGCUACGAGAUCAUUGAUGGGGACGAUGACAUUGGCGGUAAACUCGACCUUUAUAUCAAAAAGGCGUCGACUUCUUUCUUCGAUUCAGAGGACUCGUCCUUCAUGAAGAUUACAGCACUGGUUGCGCUCAGUAUUGCCUCUACCAACCAGGGCGGGCUACUCUCCAAAGCUCUCGAGCUGUGGCAUUGGACGCGCAUUCUCACGUCGAAGGAUCUAGAGUGGCAUGUCUUCUUCAAUCCUUCCUUACCGCCAACAAUGAUGCCAUCCGCCAUGUCGCAGUCCGACAUGGAGAACAGUGCGCGCACACCCAUCACCCCCGAGUCCAACUCUGCGUCCUACGAACUCAUCAAGCUUCAACUGCAAGGGGCAGCGGAAAAGCGCGCCGCCUGCCUCGCGAGAAUAGUCAUGAACGACCUGGAACGUCGCCUUCUGCAGCGUCAACAAGCGAACCCGUUUGAGACUUUCUUAGUGGCAGUCAUUCUUCUCGCCUGCGCUGAACGCAUGUGCUGGCUCUUUCGAGCUUGGGAAGAGGACGUCACUCCCCAUCAACCGACAACGGACACCUACCCGGAGCCCAAUGCUCCCAAUCCACCCGCGAUGGCAUCUACUACCGAGUCUCAUGAACUGCUCUCGGCCGCAUCUGAACCCCACUCCGACGCCUCCAUAGCCCAUGCCCUUCAAUCGGCCUCAACCUCCGCACCAGCGACCCUCCACCAGUCCGCUGACUCCCUGUCCCUCCCCCACCAUCCUAAAUGGCCCUUCGACAGGCCUCCAGCAUACUAUUCGCAGCAGGGCGAACGCAUCAGCGACAUAUUAAACAUGCUUCUCAAGAUGCGCGGCGUGCCUCCCAAACCCGUGGCCCGCUUCUGGGACAACGACGGCGACGGCGACGGCAUGCUAGUCAUCCGCCCCGACGAUGUAGAUGCUGAUGAUCGGGCACGCGAGUGGUAUGAGGGGAUUGGGGUGACGGUGUGGAGGCUCCAGGAGGCGGCUCAGGCGAGGUUCGAGGGCGUGGAUGCAAAGGAGUGGCAGUUGAAGUUUGUGGGUAAGAUUCUACGUGGGGAGGUGAAGGAGGAGAGUAGAGUCUGGCGGUAGGGUCAACAUCAAUCCAUUAAAGGGGAAGAAGAAAAGGUGAAGGGUGUAAUAGUACUGCGGCUGCAAUGGCUGUGUAUUGUAUGAUGGAGCAUCAAAAGGAUACCCCGUGAUGAUUAUUUUGGAGCAGGCAUCAAGGCUAUACAAUUCUAGAAGCUUUAUAGACAUGGGAUAGAGCAGCAGGCAGUACCCCACCAAGUCAUGAUCACAGU